AUGGCGGAUCCGAAGCCGCUGCUGGAGACCUCCGUGCUGCUGGAGCGGCAGAUCUCAGGGCUUCUGCACUCGGUGGCCUGCGGCUGCGAGGAGGUGCGGGCCACGCUGGCAGCCCACCAGGCGGCCGCCCAAGUACUCGAGAAGGCCGCUUUCGGCGAGCGGAUCUCGGGUUGCACGCAGCUGGAGCAGUCCGAAGGCGCGCGCAUCCCCGGUGAGCUGCCGGACACGGCAAACGUCACAGGGGAGAAGCGGCGCUCGAAAGUGGCAUUCAGCCCGGGCUUUACCUCGGUGGUGCCCAGGGAGCGAGACUCGGUGAGCGCCCAUCGCCUCACGGUGGAGCUCGCGAAGAGAAGCGCCAACGACGAGAGGACAGGAAGCUCACCUAAGAGCAACGAAAAGCAUCGGCAUACGGUGUUCUUUGACGCGGACACGCUGAAGAAGAAGCUAAAGGAAGACUUGAGCAAGGACACCUAUGACGUGUGCUCUUUGUACUACACGGAAGGCUUUUGCCAGCGGGUGGCGCGGAGCCGCGCCUUCGAGCUGGCGACCUUCGCGGCGUUGGCCAGCAACGCCCUGUGGACAGGCAUUGAGAUGGAGAUCAACGACGCCCCGGCCAUUCAGCAAGCUCACCCCGCGAUCAUCGUGAUCGAGAAUCUCUUCAUCCUCUUCUUCAGCCUGGAGCUGGCCUUGCGCUUCGGCGCCUUCCGAAGGAAGAAGCAGGCGCUGCGCGACUUCUGGUUUGUCUUCGACGCGAGUUUGGUGUUGCUGAUGUGGUCUGAGACCUGGGUGCUGUCUCUGUGCCUUGCGCUCUUCGCGCCCGGCACCGGGUCUGAGCGCUUCCGUUUGCUGCGCCUGCUGCGCUUUACCCGCCUGGCCCGCAUGGCACGAUUGCUCCGCAGCAUCCCGGAGCUACUGAUCAUCGUGCGCGCCAUCGCCAUCGCUCUGAAAUCCGUCUUCUUUCUAAUGGUUCUCUUGCUGGGCCUGGUCUACGUCUUUGCCCUACUCUUCACCCAGCUGAUGGACGGCAAGAACCAGCCGCCAGGCUCGCUGGCCCACGACAGCUUCGGGACUUUGCCGCAGGCCAUGAAUACCUUACUGCUGGCCGGGGCGUUGCCAGACCAGUCCACCCUGUUGGAGGAUGCCGGGGCCUCCCACUUCCUGCUGUACCCGCUGAUGCUUCUGUACAUGCUCUUGGCGUCGCUGACGGUGAUGAACAUGCUGGUGGGCAUUUUGUGCGAGGUUGUGAGCGUCGUGUCUGCCGUGGAGAAAGAGGAGAGAUCCUCCUGA